AUGGACGUUCACAAAAGAACCAGAAGAUUCUUAAAUCUAGUGAAUUUUGUUGUGUUGCAUGUCCUCAAGGAACCUAAGUUUACAUUAUCUAAUAGUUUAAGUACAGUUGACAUAGUUGAUGCACAAUCAAAAUAUGGUUUUUUGGGGUGGAAUUUGUGGCGGCAACCUAUAGGUUUCGUCGUUUUUCUAAUUUCUUCCCUAGCAGAAUGUGAAAGAUUACCUUUUGAUUUACCAGAAGCGGAAGAAGAAUUAGUAGCGGGUUAUCAAACCGAAUAUUCGGGUCUCUUUGUAUGUGUUGUCCGAAAGGAGGAGGACUCAAUGAUUAUUCGUUCGCCGGAACCAGAAGUAAAGAUUUUGGUAGAUAGAGAUCUCAUAAAAACUUCUUUCGAGGAAUGGGCAAAACCCGGUCAUUUCUCAAGAACAAUAGCUAAGGGACCCGAUACUACUACUUGGAUUUGGAACCUACAUGCUGAUGCUCAUGAUUUCGAUAGCCAUACUAGUGAUUUAGCGGAGAUUUCCCGAAAAGUAUUUAGUGCCCAUUUCGGCCAACUCUCCAUCAUCUUUCUUUGGCUUAGUGGCAUGUAUUUCCAUGGUGCUCGUUUUUCCAAUUAUGAAGCAUGGCUAAGUGAUCCAACUCACAUUGGACCUAGUGCUUAA